AUGUCCAACGAGCGCAAUAAUUACGCUGUCGCCACCUCUGGCGGAUUGAUAGCGCCUGGCAAUACGCCAUGUAGUCUGCCUCCACAUCUGGUAGGCCUGACGGAAAUCCCUGUCAGCUCAUCGUCAUCGCACACGCAUUCGGCUGGGCUGCAGCCUUCCCUGGGCUAUGCACCCGUCCACCCCGAUUCCACGGGUUCUUUUCUAGCCCCAGAAGGCUAUCUAUCAGAUCAAAGGGCCUCCCCCGCUAGCGACGCCAUGGGAUCUCUUUACACUUGGUCUAGUGCCUCUGAUGCAGAGAUGCUUCCACCUCCCGCUUCGGUAGACUCUGCCAUCUGCUCUGCCUCUUCUUCGCCCUUCAUGACACCCUACUUCGCCUUUGACUCCGCCCACGCUUCGAUGGGUCAGCUGCUCCCAGAGACUGGCUACACUCAUCAAGAAAUCGGUCAGUGGUGCAUGAAUAGUCAUGCCACCGGUAACUUCCAGUCUGCAACAUCAUACCCAGCUAUCGGCCCUCGAUACCAACAGGCCGAAACAACGGAAAUGCCUCCAGCGGACUACGCAUCUCUCAACGAGAACAUGAACACAUCCGCACCAUGGUUCAACAUUCAAGCCGAUGGCUAUCUAUCGCCACCCACAGUCACCGCUGCCUCAGUCUCAACCCUCGACACAACCUCAGUAAUGAGCACCUCCCCAACUCCAACUACAAUCUCCGAUCUCGACAUCCCAAUGCCAACUCUCCAACCCAACUCCCCACCGAAAAAUCGAGCCGAUCUAUCCCACUACGGAAUUCCAACUGGGGACGGAGAAUGGCGCUGCGCCCACCCGGGCUGUACAUCCCAGUCCUCAUUCAAACGAGGCUGUGAUCUGCGGAAGCAUUUCAACCGUCAUCAGAAACACCUCUUCUGUCGAUAUGAGGGAUGUCCGCAGUCCAGACAUGGCGGUUUCUCUAGUAAGAAAGACCGUACUCGUCAUGAGGCGAGGCACAACCCCGGUGUUGUCUGCGAGUGGGAGGGAUGUGGACGUGUAUUCAGCCGGGUGGAUAACAUGAGGGAUCAUUUGCGGAGGAUCCAUCGUCGUGGAGUGAGUACUUGA